UGUUCCACUGGGCCACCAGGAUGCGUUGUUCGUGGCCGGCAGUGCGGGAGAGGACUCGCCGAACAUAGUCGGCGUGUAUGAUGUCGGCAGACUGGAAUACCGCGCCAUCCGAGAACUUGUUAGACGACGGUUUUUAUUUCGCUCUUUGCUAAUUGUAUGUGUAUUGCUCCCAUUUGCUUCAAUGAAUUUCGACAACAUAUAAUGAUGACGUCUAUAUGAGCCCCGUUCUGUGAAAAGCAGGGUUCAUUCACGUGCGUAAAUUGUCGUCCCAGAUUAGCCUGUGCAGUCCACACAAGCUAAUCAGGAACGACACUUUCCACGUUUGUUGAAUUUUUUCGUUAGAAUAAAGUCUCUUUUAGACGAAAUUUCAGUGUGGAAACUGUCGUCCCUGAUUAGCCUCUGCGGACUGCACACUCUACGCAAUGCGUUAAGCCCAGUCUUUCCCAGAACGCGGCUCAUAUAAAUAAUCCAUUAAUUACAGUUUUGUUUUCAAAUAUUUUGUAUUGAGUUUCUUUUAUGUUAUUAUUCUUUCUACACUUAAAACGUCCAUAUUUUUGUAAAAUGUUGCAUUCCCCCUGAAAAUUAUUCGAUACUUAAGAUACGUUCAUGAUUAAUUUGAUUACAAAACAGUCCAAUUAAGUAAACUUUUCAAAAAAUAACAAAAUAUCGUGCGUCAUACUUGCAAGCGUUAUAUUCAUCAGUAGGUGGCCUGCAAUGCAAACAUGAGGUUUUACGAAGCAGACAACAGAUCAGUGGUCAUGGAAAUUUACGAUAAGUUUUACUUGUUUGACCUUGAAAAGAUGGACGUCAGCAUCGUGUUUCCGGGUCGAGUAGUCGAUACACGAGUGUGUAUUUUGACCAAACGGAAGCAACUCCUCGUGGCGUCACGUUUUGGCAAGAACGUGAAACGGUACAACAUCACAAACGGCUGCAUUGACGACAUAAUAAAAACUGGGCACAAGAAGGAGAUCUACCAAGUUGUGGUGAACGAUCCGGGAAGGCUUGCUGCAGUGACGGUAGUUUUUGGACCUGUAGUGUUGAUGGACCUUGUAACUCACUCUCGCAUGUAUGAGAUCUCAAACAAGGCGCCGGCUUCGAGCCGCAUUGCACUCACAUGGACUAGUGUUAAACCUUUUCAUCGAGGAGCGAUGCAAAGGCCCGGUCUUCUCUGUGCUGUCCAAAUAUCUACUGGACAUUCUGAUAACUGACAAGAUCUUGGUCUUUGGGAAAGAGGCAGUAAAUCCCACCAACGUAUCAUACAUCUUGCGCGGAAACAUACCAGGGUUGAUUCUAGUAAUAUGGUACCGCAUUCUUAUAAUUAUUGCAGUGAUAGGUGCAAUGCUAA